CGUGGUCUGGCCGAGGGACAUGGCCGCGUUGUCGGAGUUGGAGCUCGAGAAGUCUGACGAGAGAGAUGGCGAGGGAGAGGUUGAUGAUGGAAGCGGCUUUACUCUGGAGGAGGUGCUGCGCCUCGGGGGCACCAAACAAGAUUAUAUCAUGCUCGCUGCUUUGAAUGAGACCGAAGAAAUUGUAGAUGGUGGAAAAAAAGGUGCCAUUGAUGAUCUGAAGGUUGGUGAAUUGGAAGCAUUUAUAAAAUCACUGGGUGUGAGCAGCUAUUCAAGUAAAUUCCUGGUUGUAGCAGAUGAAGAAGAAGAAGAAGAGGGAGCAGCAGUUGAAGGAGAACAAAAACUACGAGAAAAAGAGAAAGUCAACCAAAAGGAAGUAAACAGAACUACAGUAGCAAAAAAAGAAAACCAAGUGAAAGGAAGUAAAGGAAAAACAGAGUCAAGUAAUGCCCAAGAUAAUAAGAAACAGUCAGUUCCCAAUGGUGCUUUGUUGCUUGGAACAAAAAAAGACAAGGAAGUGGACACUUUUCAGUUUCAUGAGCGGCAGAUACUUCUUAUAAAACCAGGGGGCAAAUGGUAUGAUCUGGAGUAUACAAAUGAAUUUUCUACUGAACCCCAAAAUCAGUCCCUUGUAUCCAAGUAUAAGGCCUUGGCUGAAAAGCUUUACCAACAAGAGGCAGACCUCUGCAAGAGUAAGGCUAAUCUAUGGAAAGGAUCAUCAUCAGCUUGGAUGAAAACUGUAGUAUCUUCAGGGACUCUUGCUGACAGAAUGGCUGCCAUGACCCUUCUUAUCCAAGAUGCUACUGUCCACUCACUUCAGUUUAUAGAGAACCUGGUGAAUCUGAUCAAAAAGAAAGGUAGUAGAAGGCAGAGUUUAAUGGCCUUGGAUACUUUCAAAGAGCUUCUCAUGACGCAUCUUCUACCAGACAAUCGUAAGCUGUACACUUUCUCCCAACAUCCUUUUGGCUCUCUGGAGAAGCUCUCAAGUGGCAACAGAGACUCGAGGGACAGGCGCCUGAUCUUGUGGUAUUUUGAGCAUCACCUGAAGCACUGGGUGGCUGAAUUUGUGCAAGUGUUAGAAUCACUGAGUCAUGAUCCCCUGGUGGCAACAAAAACCCGUGCUCUUGCUGUUGCACAUGAACUUCUCUGUAACAAGGUAGAGGAAGAGAAAGCUUUUCUUGUGCAGUUAGUAAACAAACUGGGAGAUCCUCUAAACAAAAUAGCCACCAAAGCAUCUUAUCUCCUAGAGACUCUGCUUCAUAAGCAUCCCAACAUGAAAGGAGUGGUGUGUAAUGAAGUGGAGAGGCUUCUCUAUCGAUCAAACAUUAGCCCCAAAGCACAAUACUAUGCAAUCUGCUUUUUGAACCAGAUAGUUCUUAGUCAUGAGGAGAGUGAGCUGGCUAACAAACUCAUUACACUCUACUUUUGCUUUUUUCGGUCUUGUAUCAAGAAAAAAGAUGUUGAGUCCAAAAUGCUUAGCGCUCUCUUGACAGGGGUGAACAGAGCUUACCCUUAUGCUCAGACUAGUGAUGAAAAAAUAAAGGAGCAGAUGAAUACUUUGUUUAAGGUUUUGCACCUUGCGAACUUCAGCACUAGCAUCCAAGCCUUGAUGUUGCUGUUUCAAGUAAUGGAUUCUAACCAGACUAUAUCUGACCGAUAUUACACAGCCCUAUACAAGAAGCUGCUGGAUCCAGGAUUAGCACUGUGUGCCAAACAGUCUAUGUUUCUCAACCUUGUCUACAAAUCUUUGAAGGCUGAUAUAGUACUGCGGCGGGUGAAAGCUUUUAUAAAGCGAUUGCUUCAAGUCACCUGUGGUCAAAUGCCACCAUUCACCUGUGGAGCUUUGUACCUUGUGUCCGAACUUCUGAAAGUAAAACCAGGGUUACGAGUACAGCUGCAGGAUCAUGUGGAAUCUGAUGAUGAGGAACAUUUUCAUGACCUUGAAGAAGCUGAAGAAGAGGAGGAAAAACUUGUAGAUGUUGAUGAAGAAACAAAAAUAAUAAAAAUAGAAGAAUCUGUGAAACUUUAUGACCCAGCUUCAGGAGCUUCAUGGGUACAUCACCAAAAUCUAGCAGGUGGCAAGAAUUUGGGUAGCUAUGACCCAUUACAUCGAAAUCCUUCAUACUGUGGAGCUGAUAGAACAAGUUUUUGGGAACUAAAGAAGCUUUCAGAACACUUUCAUCCAUCUGUAGCCCUCUUUGCAAAAACUAUCCUAGAGGGGAAUUACAUUGAAUACACAGGUGAUCCUCUGCAGGACUUCACUCUAAUGAGAUUCUUGGAUCGUUUUGUGUACAGAAAUCCCAAAGCUUCUAAGGGCAAAGAGAACACCAGUAGUGUGGUAAUGCAGCCAAAGACGAAACAGUCCAUGAGUGAUGUACGAAAUCUUGCGGUGAAUAGCAAGGAAUUCCUUGCCCAAGAUGAAAGCAAAAUCCCAGUAGAUGAAGUCUUUUUCCACAGAUUUUAUAAAAAGUUGGACUUGGAGAAGGAGAAAAGGAAACCUGCAAGAGAUGAUGAAAGUGUGGAAGAUGUGGAUGAUGAAGAGUUUGAAAGAGCUUUAGAUUCAUUUGAACAUGAUAGUUAUUUUGAUACACUUGUCAAUGAGGACCUUAAUUUUGCUGAUAAUAUAAAAAGCAAAGGAAAAAAGAAAAGCCAAAGUGAUGAGGCAGCAUUGGACGAUUCGGAGGAGGAUUUUGAUGAUCUUGAUGAUGAGGAAGUGUCUCUGGGUAGUAUGGAUGAAGACUUUAGAGAAGAUCUUGAUGAAGAUGGAGGGACUUUUAUGGAUGUCUCAGAUGAUGAUAAAGCUCCAGAUGACAAUAAAGAGGAGCAUGUCAAGCCUGCCAAUAAGAAAGGCAAAAGAAAAAAAGAAAUGGAUUUUGCUGGAUUGAUGAAAGGGUCAAAAGAAAAGAAGAAAAGAAAACUAAGAGACACUGGCAUCCUUGCUACUGCAGAAGAAUUUGGUUCCUUGCUGGAUGAAAACAUUGGGUCCAAGUUUGAUAGUAUUGGGAUGAAUGCAAUGGCUAACAAAGAUAAUGCAAAUGUCAAACAGCUCAGGUGGGAGGAAGAACGUAACAGGUGGAUUCACAAUAAGGAUGUGAAGAGCAUCAUCAAGCAGAAAAAGAAGUUUAGACACAAAAUGCUGAAAAACAAACACAAAAGUAAAAAGAUAAAAAAAUAAAUAUGAAGAUAUUUAAUGUAAACAUUUAAAAAAUUAUUUUUACUUACAUUUAGC